ACGGGUUUCCGGUCAAGAAACAACCAGAGCCCAGGAGGAUCUUGAACGAUGAUCUGCGGCCGUUUGCCACAUUCUGGCUCGAUGUGGUCGGGAAACUGAGAGGAAGCUGCCCCUAUGCCUGUCUAGAACGCAGAAUCUGACCUUAUUGCGUCAUAUAGGAGGCCUUAUCCCAGAGCUCGCAACACAUCCUCUAUGUUCCUACUUUGAGUAGGCAAAUGUCACUGUCGCGGAGCUCGUCGCGGAGGAACCUCACUGAGGACCAGCUUGCCAAUACAUGGCCAUACAUCACACGAGCCCAGGUGCGUGAGUUCAAGGAGGCGUUUGCCAUCUUCGACAAGGAUGGGGACGGUUCCAUCACGUGCAACGAACUAGGCAUGGUGAUGAAAUCCCUGGGGCAGAAACCGACAGACGCAGAGCUGCUGCAAAUGGUCAAGGAGGUGGAUGCGGAUCAGAACGGGGAGAUCGACUUCCCCGAGUUCCUCACCAUGAUGCUGCGCAAGAUGAACCAGGGAGAUCCCGAGAAAGAGCUCAUGGACGUCUUUCUGGUGUUUGACAAGGACAACAGCGGGACGAUCUCCCGAGACGAGCUGCGGUCGGCCAUGUACGUCAUUGGCGAGAAGCUCUCGGACGAGGAGAUCGACGAGGCCAUCAAGCUUGCAGACGCCAGUGGGGACGGAGAAGUCGACUACAACGAGUUUAUCCAGUUUGUCCUGUCAGAUUGA